AAAGUUGACCUCUCUGGAAUGCGACAGUUUUAGAAUUAAAGCACGAAUUUCGAAUAGCAUUAAUUGAUGUUCCAUCCCAACGAUUACAGAAGGAUCGGUUAUUUGUGUUUGUUUCAAUUCAACAUCAUCCUUCUCACGUUCUUGUUUGUUCGGGAAUUUCCCUGCAGAAAUUCGUCUAAAUUCAUCUGCGUUGUGCUCAGGAUCAUUCUCUUGGGCGCCAUGAAUAUCUUUUCUAAGAAACCCAACGCCAAAGAAGCUCUUCGGGAGAGUAAAAGGGAAAUGACGCGCUCUACGAGAGGUAUAGAGAAGGAAAUCGGAGCAUUGCAAUUAGAAGAAAAGAAGCUUGUCGCAGAGAUAAAGAGAACUGCCAAAACAGGAAAUGAGGCAGCAACAAAGAUCCUUGCUCGCCAGCUAGUUAGACUUAGACAGCAAAUUGCAAACUUGCAAGGAAGUCGAGCUCAAAUGAGAGGCAUAGCAACUCAUACACAGGCAAUGCAUGCUCAAACCUCCGUUGCUGCUGGCUUGAAGAGUGCCGGUAAAGCAAUGUCGGUUAUGAAUAAGCAAAUGGAUCCCGCGAAGCAAGCAAAGGUCAUUAGAGAAUUUCAGAAGCAGUCCGCACAGAUGGAUAUGACCACGGAGAUGAUUUCAGAUGCCAUAGACGAUGCCCUGGAUGAUGAUUUAGCUGAAGAAGAAACUGAAGAUCUAACGAAUCAGGUGCUCGAUGAAAUCGGCGUUGACGUUGCCUCACAGCUUUCAUCAGCUCCGAAAGGAAGAAUUGCGCCGAGGAAUACCGAGGGUGUCAGCAGUUCGGGUGUUGACGAGCUCGAAAAGCGAUUGGCUGCUCUUCGAAAUCCCUGAGUAUUAUGAUAAGUUCCCUUGAUUUUCUAUUGAGAUAUACAUGAUUUCGACUAGGAUCAUCUACUGUACAUGGAAACUCUCUCUCCUUCUCAUCUUCACAAUUGAGCACAAAUGUUUAUUACCUUUUUGAGAUGAUGAAAUCUUAUCAAACCAUUUGCUUGAAGCCUUCAGGAUUUAAGUUGAAGGAAAUGGAGACUAUAUCCUUAUAUGAAAUGCCU